AUGGUGGGAAAUGCUGCCAGAUUGUACGCUACAGAUGAUGGAUCAGGCAGUGUUAGCUGGGAGCAGGGUGAUGAGGCAGCAGAACCUAAAGCAGAGAAGUACAAAUCUCCAUGGAAGCUGAGGAAAGAGAAGAUGGAAGAUGAUGGCUCUGUGUCGGAAAAUAUAGUUCCACAACAUACGGACAUUCUUGUUGUUGGAGGAGGAGUCAUUGGGUCUUCAGUGGCCUACUGGAUCAAACAGCAGAGCCCAAAGUCCACAGUUACUGUGGUGGAGAGAGAUCCUGUGUACACAAGAGCAGCAAGCAUGCUGUCCUGUGGGGGGAUACGACACCAGUUUUCUGUACCAGAGAAUGUCCAGUUGUCCCUGUACACCUCCGCCUUCUUGACAAACAUCAAACAGCACCUUAGUGUACUAGAUGAAAGUCUUCCAGAUGUUCAGUUCAACAACCAUGGGUACCUCUUCCUGGCUCAACCCCAAGGGGCAGAGCAACUAGCCAAGAAUGUAGCCAUGCAGCGUGACCUUGGUGCACAGAUUGCCCUCUUAAACAAAAAACAACUGGAGGAGAAAUAUCCUUGGAUGUGCUUCGAUGGGAUUGACUGUGGUGCUUUAGGCCUGGAAGGUGAAGGCUGGUUUGACCCCUGGUCACUUGUGAGAGCACUGAAGCAGAAAAAUAUCAGCAUGGGAUCAAGAUAUGUGCAUGGGGAACUGGUCAGCUUUGAAUUCCAUUCAUUAGGCAACUCAGAUGAUGAGGGAAGCAAAAUAGACUCUGGGGUGAUUAGAACAGCUGGUGGCGGGGAGAGUGAGGUUCGAUUCUCAUUGGUCAUCAACUGUGCUGGUCCCUGGGCUGCAGAAGUUGCAGAGAUGGCUAAGAUUGGGACAGGCGAUGGGGUGUUAUCUUUACCUCUGCCUGUAGAACCUAGGAAACGGUUUGUUUUUGUGACUCAUUGUUCUAAUGGCCCUAAGCUGGAUUGUCCUUUCGUUGUUGAUCCUUCUGGUAUGUACUUCAGGCGAGAGGGCUUAGGGGGUCACUAUAUUUGUGGGUGCUCUCCUGCAUCAGAGGCUGAUGAACCAGAAGUUGAUAACUUGGAAGUGGAUUACAAUGUUUAUGAUGAGCGUGUAUGGCCACUGAUGGCCAACAGAGCUCCCUGCUUCAAUAACUCUAAGCUGAAGUCUGCCUGGGCUGGCUUCUAUGAUUACAAUGUAUUUGACCAGAACCUAGUGAUUGGACCACAUCCGUACCUGAAAAACUUCUACUUUGCCAACGGCUUGAGUGGGCAUGGUUUACAGCACUCAGUUGCUAUUGGUAGGGCCGUUAUGGAACUUAUAAUCUAUGGCAGCUAUCAGACAAUCAAUUUGCAGAAGUUCCAUUUUGAUAGAUUCUUUACAAAAACAGCUGUGCUGGAGGAGGGAAUUAUAUAA